UUGGAAUCGUAGCCCAGGCUGAUUGGAAUGUGGAAGGCUCCUCCUGAUUGGAUGAGGGAUGUACGGAUGCUCCAUUGUAUCUGUCACCUCUCCGUGUCCCCAUACAUGACAGAUGGAGGAGAUCGCUGAGGACUGAGCUCUGCCGGGGUCGUUCACUUGUGUUCAUUAACUCACCAUGGACAGCCCACGAGACACAUAUGGAAGGUCGGUGUGCAAUGGGUUUCCUUCCAAUGAAAAGAAAUCCAUCUCAAUGGUGGCCGAGGGCCACGGACAGCAGAUAUUAACAGUGCUGCAGGGUUUCAGAGAGCAGGGCAUGUUCUUCGACUUCACCAUAAAUGUAAAAGAUGAAGUCAUUCCUUGCCACCGAUGUGUGCUGGCAGCCAGCAGUGACUUUUUCAGGGCUAUGUUUGAAGUCAACAUGAAAGAAAGAGAUGGAAGUGUCACCAUUAGCAAUUUGUCCCCAGAAACUGUGAAAGCAUUCCUUGAUUACGCAUACACGGGCAAAGCGGAGAUUACCGACAGCAAUGUGGACAUGUUCUUUCAGAUGUCAUCAUUUCUUCAGGUGCCUCUUCUUGCAAAGGCAUGCAGUGAUUUUUUAAUCAAAAUGAUUGAUGUUCACAAUUGUUUGCAACUCUUGUCGAUAUCUGACAGCUACGGCUCCACUCGUCUCUUUCACCGUGCCUUACAGUUUGCCCUUCAGCACUUUCCAUUGCUAAUACAAUCUUUGGACUUCUUAGAACUGAAUGUGGGAGUCCUAGAACAAUGUCUCCAAUCAGAUGAGUUAAAUGUCCCAGAUGAAGAGUCUGUGCUGAUGGCUCUCCUAGCCUGGACUAAGCAUUGCUUGGAGAAGCGAAUGAGGUUUUUUCCAGAGUUAAUGAGCAAAGUUAGAUUACAUCAGCUGUCUCCGUCCACACUGCAAAGUCUGCUGGUCACUGAAGAGCAACUAUUAAAAAGCACAAACUGUUUAUCAAGAAUCAAUUCUGCUAUAAAAUGCAUUGAACAUUCCGGGGGGCUGUUUCCAGAUGCUCGGAUAUCUACAACAGAGAAAUACAUCUUCGUUCACAAAACUGUGGAGGAAAGUGACACUCAAUACACUUUUUGCUACAGUAUUAAAACUGACAAAUGGAUGGAAAUUCCACAGGUUCAUAUCAUAGAUCUCCCAGGUUCCAGCUUAUCCAGCUUUGGGGAGAAGAUAUUUAUAACGGGGGGAUGUACCGGUAGCUGUUGUCGAGCAGUGAGGCUUCAUAUUGCUGAACCUUACCAUGAAGCUACUGACCAAAUCUGGUGCUAUUGUCCAGUAAGCAAUAAUUCUUUUUUAGUACCACCCAUGGGGAAACCAAGAACGAUGCAUGCAUCUGUCAUGGCCCUUAAUCAGUUAUUUGUCAUUGGUGGUAAAACCAAAGGAGCACAAAACGUUAGGAGUCUACUAGAUGUUGAAGCUUACAAUCCUCUCACUAAAGACUGGAAGACAGUUGGCUCAUUACCCAGAGGGAUCUACUACCCAGAAGCCAGUGCAUGCAAAUCUAUUAUUUACGUACUUGGGUCUGAAGUUGAAAUAACAGAUGCUUUUAACCCUUCUUUAGAUUGCUUUUUUAAAUAUAACGCAGAAACGGAUCAAUGGAGUGAACUCGUAGCAGAAUUUGGCCAGUUUUUCCAUGCAACAUUAAUCAAAGCAGUGCCUGUCAAUAACACGCUGUAUAUCUGCGACCUCUCCACGUAUAAAGUCUAUAGCUUUUGUCCAGAUACAUGUGUGUGGAAGGGAGAGGGAUCUUUUGAGUGUGCUGGUUUUAACGCUGGGGCUGUGGGUAUUGAGGAUAAAAUUUACAUCCUGGGAGGUGACUAUGCUCCUGAUGAAAUCACAGAUGAAGUGCAAGUCUACCACAGCAACAGGUCAGAGUGGGAGGAGGUCUCUCCCAUGCCACUGGCUUUAACAGAGUUUUUCUGUGAAGGUAUUCAAUUCAAUAAGUGCAGGGAUCCAUGGGGGAUAAGUCACUUGUAAUGUUUUCAGGCCAAUUUUAAAGGGGUUUUAUUACUGGGGAUUUUGUUUUUACUUCUUGGGCCAGCUGAGUGGGUCUGGUCUGAUGACUCUAGAACAACGGUCGCCAUGGACCACUGAUGGUCCACCAGAAAAUGUCGGUAAUCCCCAGGGGUUAGGCUGCAAAUCAACAUUGUGGCGGAUGUAUACCACCCAAUGCUAUUUCCAGUGUUAUUCUCAAUACACGCUGAAAUUUAGAGAGCCAGAGCCUUGUGCAUAUAAGGCAUGUAGAGUUCAUGUUAGUGGUCCGCAGGAUUCAUAAUUGUGAGUUUAGUGGUCCAUGAGGUCCGAAAGGUUGGCCACCACUAAUCUAGAAAGCUUGAAAUUAGUCAAGAUUUUUCUGUUAAAAAGAAAGCUGACAGGGCUGGUGACUUGAAAACCUACCAAAUAGCUUUUAACCACAAAUUUUAAAUUUCUGUGAAGUCAAUGGACUUCACACUAGUAGCUGAUUUCUUCAUAACCAAAAACUCGUUCAAGCUUUUCAAGGCCAAGACCAGUUAAUUGUGAGGAGUAAUAAUCUUCCCUGGAAUAUCGUUCCCAAUUUUGGAGGGGCGUACCACUUUUUUUUUACUAGAACCGUGGGGUUCAAUACUGAGUUGGCCCCCCUUUGUAGCUAU